ACGAGCAGACAGCAGAUCGCCUAAACGCAAUGACCGUUUAGCGCUGAUGUGUGGGGAUUAUCCGAGGGAUGGCUGAGUAAACGAGGCGGCUCGAGCAGCAGGACCAGCGACGAAACGACCCGAAACAAGAUGGACGCAACUUUUAUACUGUCCGCCAUCAUUGUCACGCUGCUCGCCGUCGUGGUGGCGACGUCGCUGCUCGGCGGCGCGUCGCCCGCGGCGGACUUCGCGAGCGCGCGGCGCUACUUGGGACCCAGCAAGGGGGUCGGCGGAGAACCGGAGCGGCGGAACGGACACGUCCCGACCGGGAAGGAGAGCAAGAAGGAGGCGGAGAACUGGAGCGAGAUCAGCGGGAGCUCCCACGACCACUGGGAUGUGGUGAAAUCUGUGCAUUCAGAGCAGGAAUACCCGGACGUUCACAAAGGAGAGGCAGCUGAGCAGCCCCCCUGUACAUCCAGUCUGUCAGUCCCCAGUUCUGGAACCAGACCCACGAGUUUAGAGGUGGACCAGUCGUCACCUGAGGCCUUGUCGGGGACAGGUCGUAGGUCGUUCAUCGGGCUCUCUGACACGGAGCUCCUAAAGUGUGCUUUCUCUUACCCUCAGACCGAAGGAGCCCCAGAGAGCCCGUGGAGAAACACAAAGACGGUGGAAUCAGACGCAAAUAAUUCCUUGAAGUAUGUUCCUGGAAAGGCGCGGUCGCACCAUUUAGAGAUGAUGAUGUCCAAAGAGGAGCUGGUGGAGGAGCAGAGGGUGCAGCGGGAACAGCUGGCGUCCAUCUUCCAGCUGCUGAAAGACAACAAGGAGACGUUUGGGGACGUGUCCGAGGGAGAGUUAGAGGAGCAGCUCCGACUCUACUCCAUCUGAAGUUUCUCCUGGACGCCUCCUCGCCUGUCCGCUCUCACCCCGGGACCGAUCCGGAUCGUCGGAUACUCUGAAUAACUUUGUUUGCAUUGUUCGCCGCACCUACAUACCUAACUCCCGUUCAACGGCGCGUUCAUUUGUGUUUCAAAUCUCGUUGUCUCUUCCGUGUCCCACACGCGCCCUCUGCACACAGCAGGUGAACGCACACACACACCUGCGAAGGAAUCCAGGAGCUCUGUUUCUGUUAGAGAAGUUUACUGUGUUGUGGAAUA